AUGAUGGAAAGAAUAAGAAAAGAGAUGAUUCUGAUGGAGAGAGGGCUCCACAGCCCUACAGCCGGCAAAAGGUUCUCCAGUUUGUCGGAUUCGGCUGGUAGUGCUGUGCUGGAGGCCCUGGAAAAUUCGCAGCACCCGGCUCGCCUCAGCCCGCGCCUACCGUCUGCCCCGCUGCAUGGCGCUCUGGGAGACCUCCCUACCAAGGGCAAAUUCGAAAUAGACACUUUGUUCAACCUGCAGCACCCGAGCAGUGAAAGCACCGUCUCCUCCGAAAUCGCCUCGACCACCGAGAGCCGCAAGAAGCCGAGCCACUAUUCCGAGGCGGCCUCGGAGGCCGACAUGAACAGCGACGUGGAGGUGGGCUGCUCCGCGCUGCGCUCCCCGGGCGGCCUCAGCGGCGCGCCGCUCAAGGAAAACAAUGCCAAAGGGUACGCGGAGAGCGGCUCGGCUGCGGGCACCACGACGUCGGCCUCGAGCUCGGGCCUCGGCAGUCUGCAUGGAGGCAGCGGUGGCGGCAGCAGCGGGGGCGCGGCGUUGGGUGGCUCCAGCUCUGGUGCGGAUCAGGUGCGCAGGUACCGUACGGCCUUCACCCGGGAACAGAUCGCGCGCCUGGAGAAGGAGUUCUACCGGGAGAACUACGUGUCGCGGCCCCGCCGGUGCGAGCUGGCCGCUGCGCUCAACCUGCCCGAAACCACCAUCAAGGUGUGGUUCCAGAACCGGCGGAUGAAGGACAAGCGGCAGCGCCUGGCCAUGUCGUGGCCGCAUCCAGCAGACCCCAGCUUCUACACCUACAUGAUGACGCACGCGGCGGCCACCGGAAGCCUGCCCUACCCUUUCCACUCGCACGUGCCGCUGCACUACUACCCACACGUGGGCGUCACGGCUGCGGCGGCGGCGGCCGCAGCGUCGGGCGCAGCGGCAGCGGCUUCGUCGCCCUUCGCUACGUCCAUCCGUCCGCUGGACACCUUCCGAGCGCUCUCGCAUCCCUACUCGCGGCCUGAGCUGCUCUGCAGCUUCCGCCACCCGGGGCUGUAUCAGGCGCCGGCGGCCGCCGCAGCAGCAGCAUUGGGCUCCCGAGGUGGCGGCGGCGGCGGCGGCGGCGGCGGUGGCGGCGGUGGCUCAGGGGCAGCGGGGGGCUCGGACUUCGGCUGCAGCACCGCGGCGCCGCGCUCGGAGAGCGGCUUCCUGCCCUACUCGGCUGCAGUGCUUAGCAAGACGGCCGUCAGCCCGCCGGACCAGAGGGACGAGGCGCCGCUCACCAGAUAA